AUGGCGGCCUGUACGGUGGGACGGAGGGGACACGGGGACAUGAAUACAUUGACUUUAUCUGGGAAGGUGAUGGCCCGGUGGAUGGCACACGGUGUGCUUGUGUCUCUCGUUGUCUCCUUAUUACUCCCGACUGGAACUCGGGCUAAUGUGUGCAGAGUGAAGGUUGGAGAAGGAAGAGAAUCUGAAAAUUGUGGAACAAACCUAGAAUUGGAACAUUCGUUUGAACUUGAUGACAGUAUCCACUUCAAGAAGAGAGGAUCGCUGAUCUUGAGCCCUUCCCCAGACCAGAGUGUUUCUAUUGUACAGAAGCAGCUGACUGAGGAUGAGAGGAACAGACUCAGGGAUAUUGCAAACCUGAAUGGACUUUAUAGGAUUCGGAUCCCUUAUAAGCUGGGCCUUUCUGAAGAAUCCAGUGAAUAUGUUACAUCAUUUGUUCGGGCAUGCUCCAUGGUUGAAUCUCAUCUCUCAGAUCAAAUCACUGUUCACACAGAUAUUUCUGGGAAUAUUGUAGGCAUUUCUAUAAUCACCUUCCCAGGGUCCUGCAACAGCGCAGAAGUAGAGGAUGUGGAUCUGGAGCAGUUUAAUACGACCGUCUAUAUCCAGCAGCCUGUUCCAGCAGCAGUACCUGAAACUGCAGCUUUCAUAGAGCGCUUGGAGAUGGAACAAGCCCAGAAAGCAAAAAAUCCACAAGAACAGAAAUCUUUUUUUGCU